CUCUUCCUGUCUCUCCCUCUCUCGUCUCUCCUCUCCUCCUCUCUCUGCUCCGCUCUGCUCCUGCCAGGAAGAUGAUGGUGAUGAUGAUGUGACACUGUGGCCAGCCAAUAAUAACGCGAGGAGUGAGUUUGAGGGGUGUGUCCUGGGGCUGGGUGCUUAGAGCUGAUCGAUGCUGAGGAGACUGAGCAGGAAGAAGGGGUAAGAGAGAGGGAGAUAGAGGAGGGUGGGGGAGGCCUUGUCCGAGCUGUGGAGCGCCGAACCGGGCUUAAUAAAGGAGGAGGAAGAGGAGGAGGGAGGGAGGAAGCUAUCACCUGUUAGAGGGGGCUCAAACCUGUGCUGUCAUGGAUAAAUAUCGACCAAAGAGGCCGACCACCCUGGCUCUGUUCCCUCAACUGCCACAAGCCGGCACCCAGGACUGCAUUAACAACAACUCUUUUGGAAAGAAGGACAGCUGGAAGGACUCCCACUCCUCCUCCCCACACAUAACAGGAGACCUCACACCACCCGAUAGCCAACAAAAACCAGAGGACAAAGUCCGACGCAGCACGCGGCGCCCGGCCCCAAAACCCCCCACUGCCAAUGGAGCUAAUGGAAAAACCAACACUCAGACAGCUGCUGCCGCUGCAGACGCACGCACUCGGCCGCAGGAAAAACAGGGGCUCAGAGCCACACACACAAAUCCCUCCAGCACACCAAGGAGUCAGAGGAAAGCAGCAGGAGGAGGAGGAGGAAGAGGCAAAACGGUAGGAAGAGCAACGACAGCGAUGAGAGAGAGGACCCUUGGGGACAUCAGAGGGAAGGACGGGGUGACAGUGGGGAAGGAAGAGAAAAGAGGAGGACGACUGUGUGAGGAGUCCAGGGGGAAAGAGAAGGAGAAGAAUGGACAUCAGAGGUCAAAAGAAACCAAUGGACUGAAAAACAAGGGGGCUGAUGGGAAAGGAAAAGUAGGUGCUAAAGGGGGUAAUAAAGGAACGGGAUUCAAGCUGAAUAACAUUCUGUGUAACCAGGAAGUUUAUCUGCCCGCCAUGGUGGUCCCACGUACACCUGUAGCACCAAGAAAUCAGGAGAAGACCCAAGACCAAGGCCAAAACCAUGACAGGACUCAGGACAAUCCCCUUGUUCUCUCCCGGUCCAGCAGUGAGGGAGGCUCAAACAGAAUGUCCCUCAGCUCAGACACUGAGGGCCCCCCACCAGGGCCCCUGAAUCCGUCUCUGUCCCACCGAGCCAACCCUGACAUCACUGAGGAAGAGGGGGAAGGAGAUCUGACUACCUGCAUGAACAUCCAGAAUGGUCCGACCUUCUGCCUUGACGGCAACAAAAACAGAGAGAUGGGCUGUAAAAAGUCAGAGGUUAUCACAGGGAGAGGAAGAGGUGAUGGUAAGUCUGAGGUGCAUCGUACCAACCUUGUCACAAAGGAAGAGUGUGCGGGUGCUCAGACUGUACCAAAGAGUGAAGCUUCAGCGGGUUUAAAUUAUGACUCUGUUAAAUACACUCUGGUGGUCGAUGAACAUGCUCAAUUGGAGCUGGUCAGCCUCAAGGACUGCUUGCACGGUUACAACGAGCACAAUGAUGACAGCGAUGCAGAGACAGUCUAUCAGUCAGCCAAUGAGGAGGAAGACCCGGAGUAUAAGGAGGAGAGGAGGAGGAGAGAGGAAGCGAGGCAGGAAGAAAGGAGAAAAGAGGAGGAAAAGCAGAGACUUGAGGAGGAGGAGACCAAAAAGAGGAGGGAAGAAGAUAUGCAGAGGAGGAGGGAGGAGGAGGUGAAGAGAAGGAAGGAAGUUGUGGCUAGAAUCUGCAAGCAAUCCAAAGUCAUAUCGACCAUAACCUCAGAGGAAGAAGAGUCUAAUGGAGGAAGAGCCGAAGCUUCCAGGAGUAGGAAAUUCCUCAACCUAUUUACUAACAAAGGCAGCAAUUACAGUGCCACAGGGGCUGCAUCAUUCGGCAUGUUCUCCUGUGUUUUGGAUGGAGUGGAGCGAGAGCAGAGCCACAGAGCCGCCUACCGGUUUGUCCCUCGUCAUGCCGAUGAGCUUCACCUAGAGACAGAUGACCCCGUGUUGGUGUUGAACCAAUGUGAGGACCUGUGGUGUCAGGGUUACAACAUGAGGACUGGAGCUACUGGAAUAUUCCCUGCCUUCUACGCUGUCAAGGUGUCCGAAGAUAGUGACCAAGUCCAAAGAGAUGGUUGGACAGAACAGUUCAUGGUGAGAUUCCUCGGUUCAGUUCAGGUCCCCAUCCAUACAGGCAACGACGUGCUGUGUGCUGCAAUGCAAAAGGUGGCGUGUAACAGGCGGUCCACAGGUCAGCCUCCUCCAAACUGUGUGCUGGAGGUCAAUGUGAAGGGUGUAAAGAUCACCGUCCAGGACCAGUGUCACUCCGCGCACAGGGGGGACCAGUGUUUCCAUUUCUUCCAGUUGAAGAACAUCUCCUUCUGUGGCUGUCACCCAAAACACAGCAAGUAUUUUGGUUUCAUCACCAAGCACCCUGACCAACAGCGCUUUGCUUGUCAUGUGAUGAUGUCAGAGACAACAUUGUAUCCUCUGGCUGUGUCUGUAGGGAAGGCCUUCCAGCAGUAUUACAAACAACACGUCGGUUACUCCUGUCCCACUGAAGACAUCUUCAUUGAAUAACACCUGUCCCCCUCUCACACUAUGUACUGAAUACUCACUAUGUGCAUGUAAGCCCAGUCUUACACCACAAACUGGAUCACAGAUAUAUCUCCGUGCAUGGUGGAUUUCUUUUCUUAGUGGCAUCCAGUGAUACAGCAAUCUUCCUCUUCCUUUGGCCGUGUCACAAUAGAAAAACCUCUUCGGAUGGAUAGGAUCAAACAAGCUGUUCCUGACUAUGAGAACAAAUGUAACAUAGACCUCCCCAAAAACAAAUGCAAAUAUUUGAUAGUGAUAUAUUUUACGAGCUAAAAUUACUGACAGGUAAGUAUUUGAUGUAAAACAUUAGGGAUAGCCUUCAGGAGGAUGGAGGUAAUUUAUUGACAGAAUAUUUAGAACAUCGUGUUUGGGCUUGCGGAGUCAGUUUGGCAACUAAUCAAUGAAAUAAAACAUUAACCAAAAAAAAAAUUCCUCCAAAAAUAAGAUGGUAAUAAUGGUCGAAUGCUAAAUUCACAAGGAUUUCAACUUCUGGGACAAAAAAUGUCAUCAAAGAUUUAUGGCAAAAUAUCAAAAUUCAUAGUCUAAAUAUGAUAUGUUUGUAAUAUUUGUAAACCAAUAUUUUAAUAUAGCCAUUCAGCGAGGUAAGCUAAACCCUUUUACAUUUUAAAUGGACAAAUACACCAAUAACUUUUAGUCUUAUUUUACGUCAGGGCACAAGUGUCUAUCUCUGCAGCUCGAGUUCAAAACCAAUUCUAAAAAGCUCAGAAUAUUCAUUCCAGUGUGCAAACCAAUGAAUUUAUAUGCAAAGGUCACGUAAAUAUGUGAACCACAAGGAAAUUUAGUAAAAGGUGUGCAUAUUUUGAAAGAAACUGUAGCUAAAUUUAGUUAUUUAUGAAAGUUGUGUUCAUACCAAAAGCAAAGCAAAGUUUUACCUCAGUAUUUGUAUUUCAUCAUUUUGGGAUGAUUUGUUUUUAUUUAUAUUGGUAUGACAGAAUAACCAGGCCCUGUGUGUCUGGGUUCAAAACAUUAUUUAUAGGCACCCAGCUUUUUCAUUUCAUCGCCUUCCCAAAAAACUAUGUCUGCAUUAACGUUACUUUACUAUGAGAUCCCGUAUUAUAUAAAAUACACUUUUUUUUUUUUUCUAACACUCAUAUGUGUCUCUCACCUGUCGACAAACCCCCCAAUUAUGAGAAAAGUCCAUCCUCUCCAUCUUUUCUCCUCUUUUCAGAAAAUGUGUGCUCAAACAGACCGUUUGGAGAUUUUUGUGACAUCACAAAGGGCAGUAACCCCUCACCCAGCUGGGUGACACUGGCACAGCUAGGGGUUUCUUCUGUCCUUUGAGUCUGUCUUCUAUAUAAACAAUAGGGCAUAGUGCAAGAAAGCCGGAGACACAUCACAUUUCCGGAGAGGGGCGUGGUCAAACACAGCUCAUUUAAAGUUACAGACACAGAAACAGUCUGUUCUGAGCAGGGCUGAAAUAGAGGGGUCUAUAGGCAUGAUGAAAUACAGGAUCAGGGUGGAUUUUAUGACCUGUUAGAUCACCCUGGACUCAGCGUGUUACCUGGAUAACAGAUAAACACUAACCUCUGGCAUUGUGUGCAGUUGCAGAACCUCUGUCCAUCUGUCUCUAUGAAGCUGCAGUUGAACUACACCACUACACCUAUACAGUAUAGCUAGUCACAUGUCAACAGAAAUCUGGCAAAUUAUGCCGGUAUAAAAACACAAUCAAAAGAUUUAUGUGCAAUUUAACUCCAAUAAUCAAGAAGGAAUAAUGCAGAAAAAUGCUACAUCAUAUUGCAAAUGUGUAAAAUCAAGAAAAAAUUCAUGCAUUUUGAGUUUCUCUGCAAGAGGACAAGUUAACAAAUUCAACUAAUUUUGGAGGUUGUAUUAACUGUUCUUUUGAAAUCAUAAGACAUGAUUCUCUCACUGGAUUGCACAUUUUUAAUGAUUUACAUGAUAAUGUCAAAAACACAGUUAUGUUUUUUUGCAUGUGAUUUGUAUAAUAACAUUAAUCAAAUGAUAAGUUGCCUCGCUUUUGGUCUGAACACAGCCAAAGACUUCUUUGUAAAAUAAAAAACCUUUUUAAAAAAUGUGUCGAUGUAACAGCAACAAAUGGUUGCUUAAUUCAUUAAACUGGAUUCUAAAAUAGGAUAAAGAUCAUCGGACAAUGCUUGCAUUUGAACCUAAAUCUUCUGUCUUUAAAUUACCUUCAUACUUGAUAUAUUACUAAAAAGGGCUUCUUCUUAAUAUAAACAAUUCCCACUUCAGUAUAAAAGGCAGCGCUCUGAAGAAAUGUAUUAUAAACCAAUUAAUCUGCUUGGUUUUUCUUUUGCACGGAUGAGGACAGAAUGAUGUUUCCAAAAAUGUUAUAUAGAGUAUAUUUAUCUGUAUCUUAAAAGCCCAAGCCCUGACAAUCUACUGCUGGAGUCGUUUGGAGUUGCUGUGAAGGUGCCUCAUUUCUCCUUUUGCUGCUUCAUGUUCCUUUUCUUCCACAUGUGGUUCCAUGCAGGGUUUCUCUGGUUGAGCAAAGACAUGAUUC